CUCAAUACAGAGCGUUCAACACUUAGAUGACUACUGUUUGGUCUUCACAAAGUAUAAAGAUCACCUAGUUCUCAACUAGACAUGGAAUCCAAUUUGAUUACUCAUUAUUCAUUUGAAUUAUUGUUGAUACCUACCUAUGCAAUUGUUUACUGAAUAGUGGAAAAGGAUGUAUUUACACAAACUUGAAACAAUUGUCUCGCGAAUGAAGGGAUUCGUAACUAAAUUCAGUCAUCGCUGUCUAAUCAGAAAUGUAAUCAUAGGAGUUUUCUUGCUCACAUCAUUGUACAUAUUACAUAGUUUAUUUCAUUCGCUCACCGAUUCCAGAGAUAAUAAGCACCAGUUAUCAAUUGAACGCUACGAUGAACUCAAAAGCGUAUGCGAAUAUUUCUUCAGAAAGCCUGUGAAAAAUUAUAGUCAAGCAGUUAUUGAAAGUAUUCAGGUGAAAUGGGACGUGAACUAUUCAAAUUUAUCCAAUACCGAUGUUUGUCGUGAAUUCAAGUUAUUCCAAGGACAUGUAGUUCAACCAUCGAUGGAGGAGAAAGAUUUCCCGCUAGCCUUCAGUAUAGCUGUACACGAUAACAUCAAACAGGUGUCUCGAUUACUUCGACUGAUACACAGACAACACAAUCUGUACUGCAUUCACAUUGACUCUAAGUCGCCACAAUCAUUUUAUAAUGAAGUGUUGGCACUAGCCAAUUGUUUUGGUCCGAAUGUGAUGGUAGUGAAUCGAUCGGAAAGCAUUGACGUUCAAUGGGGUUAUUACUCCAUCCUCGAAGUGUUUCUCCUCUGUGCUGACAAAUUGAUGAACAAGACUGAAUACAAGUGGAACUACAUUCUGAAUGUGAAUGGACAGGAAUUGCCACUGAGAACCAAUCGGGAGUUGGUAACAGCUUUGAAGGCAAUCAAUGGGUCGAAUGUUGUUGAAGGUCUAGGUCCACGGCAUAAUCCAUCCCGAUGGCCAGCAAAGAAUUUCACAUUCCCGAUCCUCUGGAGCAAAGGCAGUUUCUAUAUGGCAUUGAAACGAGAAUUCGUACACUUCUAUCAAACUGACCCAAGAGCGAAUGAAAUACUCGAUGCUAUGAAAGCAGAAAGACACCUGCAGAAGCAUCCGGAUGAAUUGUUCUUCCCAACGCUAACCCACGAUCCAUCACUCGGUGCACCAGCUGCUUGCAACGAAAUUCACGAAACCAAUCAUUCAGAUAGACGAAAACGAUUCGUUGCACGUUAUGUGACAUGGUUUGACGAAGGCUGUAAAAGUUCCAGAGUUCGUCGUUCUGUGUGUAUCAUAGGUGCAGGUAAUCUCCCAUACAUACCAUCACGACCGGAGUUUUUCGCCAACAAAUUUGAUGAUGAUUUUGAGCCUAUUGCUUACGACUGUACAGAGUAUUAUGUUAUGGAGAAAGUUAUACAAGAGAUGAAAAGUAAUCGGUUGGAUGCAAACUUUGAUGUCACUGUCUACUCUGAUUUGCACUGUUCUAGAAAUCAUACUUAG